AGAAGCUGUAUCCAGUUGCUACAGACUGAGGAAGGCAGUACCAGCAGCUUCUUGUUUUUUGUAGCUACUUUCACAUCGAGACACAACGAAAGUCAACCAUGGGUGUGGAUUAUAUUGACUAUGACGAUUACACUCCAGACAACCAAACUGAGAACACCACAAUUAAUGAAGGAUUUUUGACUUUUAGUACAUCUAAGUCUUCUCUGACUCAUGUUCUUGUGGCAGUCAAUAUUAUUAUAUCAAUUGUUGGGCUUGGAGGAAACUUAUUAGUGAUUUGGAUCUGUGGAUGGAAAAUGAAAACUACUGUCGUCACCACCUGGUACAUGAGUCUGGCCAUUUCAGACUUUUUAUUCUGUGCCAUAUUGCCCUUUGAAAUAUUCUACAUGAUAACAUCCCAUUGGCCUUUUGGACAAGUCUUGUGCAAACUCAGCUCUUCCGUCCUAUUUCUCAACAUGUACAGCAGUGUGUUUCUCUUAGUUCUGAUCAGCGCUGACCGCUGUGUCAUGAUUUGGUUUCCUGUGUGGGCACACAACCACCGGACAGUGCAGAAAGCUUAUGGAGUAGUUGUUCUGAUGUGGCUCUUCUCUGCACUCCUGACAUUGCCCUCACUGAUCUUCAGACAAACAACAAUCCAUGGCUCAAUCACUCAGUGUUACACAGAGUACAUGGACCAUUCCAGACACAGGGCAGUGGCACUGAGUCGAUUCAUCUGUGGGUUCUUGAUUCCUUGCCUGAUGACUGUGUUCUGCUGCGUGGUGCUUGGUGUAAAGCUGAGAAGUUUGACCAUCAGGUCAAGAAAACCUUAUAAAAUCAUGGUGGCACUCAUUCUGUCUUUUUUCUUCUGCUGGGUCCCCUAUCAUACUUUUGUUCUCCUGGAGUUGGAUUAUAGGAACCACAGCCUGGAAGUACUUCAAACUGGGCUAAAAGUUGGGACCACCCUGGCUUCAGCUAACAGCUUCAUAUCCCCCAUUCUCUAUGUGUUUAUUGGUAAUGACUUCAAAAAAACUCUAAAGCGGUCUUUAAUGUCAAGGAUUGAGGAUGCAAUGGCAGAAGAUUUACGCACAGGUGGUCUCAGUCAAUCUAGGUGCAAGUCAAUGGAAAUAAUAAAAAACUAAGCUGACAUUUAGAUAACAUAUGCUAAGGAGUAAUUAACUGUAUAUGGAGAUUGCUGUAAAUUUGGAUGACAUUUAUGCACGUUAUUUUUUAUGUAAUGUAAAAUAUAACGUGCAUAAAAAAUAAUGUGCAUAAAUGUUAUUUUUUUAUGUAAUGUAAAGUUCAUGACAAAAUGACCAUUUGUUGAGACGACCACCAAAAGAUAGCUGAAGUGGAGGAUAUGAACAGGCCAUACUAAUUAUGGCAGCACAGAAGCAAGCCUUAAGUGCCAGGGCAAUUGAGGCCCAGAUCUACCACACCAGGACUAAGAUCCUGUGGGACAAAAUGAUGGUGGCCAACCAAAAAGACAUUGUGAUCAUGGAUAAGCAACAAAGGAAAGCCAAUAAAGGAGCGUGGGAAACUGGAGAAAUACUGAGGACGAUAUGGAGAGCUGGAGAAAGCAUGGAAGGUGAAGACAGCAGUAGUACCAGUGGUCACUGGAGCACUUGGGGCCGUGUCCCCAACACUGGAAAAAUGGCUCCAACAGAUACCUGGAGAAACAAUGGUAUUGAGGUCCUCUUUUAUAUGUGAAUAACUUUUGUGUUUGUGACCUGUUUUGUGUGCUGGAAUGUCUACCAGUGAGAUGUGUUUAGUUUGUUGCUGAAUAUCAAAUUAUUUGUAAUAAACAGAUUUUUUCAAUUUUGAAUUAAAGAAAAGUGACAAAAAUUCAAAAUCUCUGUGUUCUCUAUUAAUUCAGUGUACAUAAAUAAGUAACUAAUCCUGUUUGUUAUGUCAGAAGGAAAUAGGCUACAUAUUUAAACAUCUAUGAAAAAAUUAUCAUAUAAAAUAUUGACUUUAUUGUAUUUUUUUCUUGUACAGUAACUUCAAUAUUGAUGCAAACCCUUGUUUUUUUCAGGCAGUU